GAGCUACCCAAUUCCUCACACCUCCUCAACCUUUCUUCCUCUCUGUAUUUUUGUAGGGAGAAGAGAUUUUCAUCAUAGAUUGCGUGGGGAUGGGUGUGGAUUCCUGGUUCCUGGAAGAGCUCGCCAUGGAUGCGAGCCUGCCUUCGCUCUGGGGCUUCCAUGAGAGCAUGGAGGAGCUGAAGCAGAAGCUGCUGUGCACGACUCUGGAGCUGGAAGCAGUGAAAGCGAACGCCAAGGAGGAGAUGAGGAAGAGCGAGCAGAGCAUCGAUCAGCUGCUGAAGCUACUCCAAGUGAUCACCCACGAGAGAGACGAAGCUAGAAGUCAGCUCGAGCUCCUGCUCUCGAAGCUCAAGCAGAUCCCUAGAACAAGAGAGCUCCGCCUCUCCCCCAUGCCGGACUGCGUCACCGGCGAAUGCGGCUCCUCCUCCUCCCCCGUCGGAUCGCCGGAAUUGCCGAGCGUUAAGCUUGUCGCCGCCGGCGCGACCCACACGGGGAGAUCCGAUCACAGAGAUGCAGGCGCAGUGAUGGAUUGGCUGGCCAUGAACAGGCCGCUGCCGCAGAAGGGGAAGCUCUUGCAGGCGGUUAUGGAAGCGGGGCCCACGCUGCAGACGCUGCUGCUCGCGGGGCCACUGCCCCGGUGGAGGAAUCCGCCGCCACUGCAGCAGGCGUUUCAGGUGCCUCCUGCGGUUGUGAAAGCACCCAUUCCGGCGGUGUUGAAUUUGGCGAUGAAGAGACCAACGGCCCUGGUUGCGCCGGGCACGAACAUGGAUGCCAAGAGACAGAGAACUCACUGCAUGUGACUAGGAAGAUAAGGCUUACGUUUAUAUCUAUAUAUAUAUAAUGGUUAGUUUAACAUGUUUAUGAUGUAAAUUGAAGGAGUAUUUUCUUUUUUUUGAUGCCCAGACUUUAGUGUUGUAAUUCUGAAGGUAGAUGAUUUUCUCUCUAAUUUGCUUAUUGAAGUUCAUUUGGGAUUUAAACUUAGAAUUCAACAAUG